UGAAAGGAAUCUGCAUCCAUAAAGGUAAGAUUAUAUUGGCCUCUCCUGGAGUCAAAAAGAAACUUUUUUAGAUUGUUAUGUAACUUAUGUGCACACAUGAGUGAUCAUCAAAGAAGAAUGAUACCAAAUGGUUGCUUAACCUUUUUCUUCACUUAAACAAAGGGUUUAUUCCCUCUGUGGACCGUAAAGAAAAAUAGAAAAAACUAAACCUAGUCUUCUCUUUUUGCUCUUGGGCAUAGUUCUCUUUAUAAAUUUGUAGAUCCACUUUAACUACAAGUCUUUUUAUAUAUAGGGUCUAAAAUAAGAUUGAAGUUACACUUUUUUGUUAGUUGUUUAUUUGUUUAUGUCUUGAGUGCUUAAUCAUGGCCUAAGCGUAAUGAUGUUAUAGAUAAUAUACAUCAUUAAUCAUUUCAUGUCUUUUCCCGUAUUUGCCUGAACUAUCAGCACAACUGUUCUCAGCACCAGUCCGUUAAAUAUCUCUCAUUAUCCUCAUAUUGUUUCCCAUAAACUUCUCUCACUCUCUCUAUCUUUCUCUUGAUAUGUCAGCUACUGGUAUAAAACGGUCCAACCUCAACACUAGACCGGUUCAGAGAGAUGCUUCGGCUAAGCAAACAGCUAUCAAGGGACCUUAUGGUAAGAGUCCGGGAUGCACAACAAGCUGCGGAUUAAGGUUACCGAGGAAAACAGAAGUGACAGCAGCAAAAUUGAUCAAGCAUCUUGGAUGCAAAUUUGCAAAAGGUUUGCGUCUGGUGGUGAUGAGGAAGAAGAAAAGAUCUCCACCGUCGAAGGUUUCUUCUUUUUCUGGGAGGUCUCAGCCACCAAUCAUCCCAAUAAACAAUGACAGUCAUCGAUCAGAGGCCAUAGAAGACUGCAUACAGUUCAUCAACUCAUCAUCCUCCUUCACCAGAUCAAACUCUACUUCUUAAGUGUUAUCAUUCCCAAACCUUUUGUCUCGGUCGCUCGCUCGCUCGCGUAUUGUCUAUUUUACUUAUUCGUGAGAGUUGCAUGUAAAUAAUGUCUACAUAAAUCUAUUAUGUGACUUCUGUUGUUGUAGUACGAGUAACUGUCUUCCAUCUUUCUCA